AUGGGUGAGGAAAAGGGAGGCAAUGUAGGCCUAAAGAAGGCUGUGGCAUUCCUGUCUGGACUGGCCUUGUACCAGAUGAUUCAUGUUGCAAUAUCUGCCGGUAACUUUACGGUAGGAAGAUUUCAAAUUCCUCAGAAAUAUGUCAGCCUGUACAUCAACAGGAUGAUUAUUUCGAAUAGAGUCUUCUCAUUGAUUGGGAUUACAGUUACUACGCUCUAUGAACAGUUUAAUGGACCCGCUAUUCCAUUACUGAACAUCGGACUGUUCGUGCUUGUUGCACUAUCCCACCUUUUGUUGUUGCUUACAUAUUGUUCAGGAGGAGCUCAGGGUCACAUUACACUAUACUACUGGAUUGUUGUCGUAGUGGCUCUUAUCAUCGGAAUGUGCUUUGUCUUCAGUGUUAAGUUGGCCAGUAAUGAAAUCAUUUACCUUCUUGCGGCACUGCCCAUAUCCGGAAUUCUGGCGUCCUCCUAUCACAUAUCGUUCAUUGUCAUUUCUGAGUAUUUUAACUUGUCAAACAUAUACUAUUGGCUAGUCUUUUGGCAGUUGAUAUGUGCGAUAUCGCUGAUAUCGGUGACUACUGUGGUAUGGAUAUUUGCGUAUGGAAAUGGAGGGACUCCAGGUGGUUCUAGUGGUUCUGGAAGUAGUAGUGGUAGUGAAGGACAUAAAGGUUUUUUGACAGCAUUAGGUCAUGCACUAUCUCCAUUGUUAUUGGUUGCAUUUGGGUAUGGAAUGCAGAACAUGUUUUAUCCAUCAGUAGCUCCAUACAAAAUCAUUGGAAUAGACAGAGGUUACAAGAUUGAUGUGGCGGUUUUAUUCACGAGUGCUGUACCACCAUUGUUAUUCUUGUACCUUAUAUCCAAAGGAAAGGGUCCAAACAAGAAAUGGAAUACUGGAGAUGCUGCAUGGCAUUAUGCCUGGGCAUUCUUCGGAAUCGAGAUACUUUGUGGAAUGCUCUUCUUUUCGACUCUUCAUUACCCAAAUAGUGCCAUGCCAAGAGCCAUAAAGGAUAGCAUUUGGGGUCUCGGAUUCUUCACAGUACUCUACGAUUUCUCUGCACAAAUGACUAGAUGCAUAGGAAGUAAUGGAGUUGACAAGCAGGGAGGUAAAGAUGCUCCCAAGAUGAAUACAUUAAACCUGUUCUUUUGUUCCACCACACAAGUCAUAUUUGCUUUUCUAGGAGAUGGAUACAUUAGAACAUAUCGCCAAGCGGAAGAAACUUCAGAUUUAUGGCCUACUGCUCACUAUGGAAAACUCAGGGCCUUUUGGUUCUGGACUUGGAAUACAACAAAAGUGGCUUGUAAAAUGCUAAAAGGUGCAUUCAGUACAGAUGUUAGGGCUGAGAUUCUUGUUAAAAAGGAGCAUCUAUUUAUUGUCUACGAUGACGCUCCUCCCGAGGAUGACCCCUUCUUUGACCUUCCAUUUAUUAAAAAGAAGGAAGAGUCUCUAGAUAAACACAGCUUAAAGGGAGCACACAUUUUUCACUAA